AUGCCCGCCGAUGAGCUCUACAAGCCGGCGUCGCCGCGCUCAGAGGUCGACUCGGACGAUGACCUCGACCGCCCAGGCCCUUCGCGCACCCGGGGCGGCAAAAAGGCAAAGGCAAAGGGCAAGGGCAAGGGCAACAUGAACGCAUGGGAGGCGACAUACAAGCGUUCAUGGGACGUGGUACAAGAGGACGAGCAGGGCGGAUUGCAGGCCGCAGUAGACAAUUUCAUCGCCCGUGGAAGGAGAAAGCGUGCACUCCAGUCCGAGGCGCCGUUGCGCCGCUCGCUCGUCCGACACAUGUUCAUCGUAGUGGACCUCUCCGAGUCCAUGCGAGACAAGGACUUUCGCCCCUCCCGCUUUGACCUCACGCUCCAGUACCUGCGCUCGUUUGUGGUCGAGUGGUUUGACCAGAAUCCUUUGGGCCAGGUCGGUAUCAUUGUGCUCCGCGACCGCCUUGCCGAAGUUCUGGUACCAAUGGGAGGAAACCCACAAGAGAUCAUCGCGUCUCUCUCUGACAAGCGCAAGCUGGAACCUUCUGGCGAACCGUCGCUGCAGAACGGCCUGGUGAUGGCGCGUGGCGGCAUGAGCCACCUUCCUUCCACCUCGUCGCUCGAGAUCCUGGUCCUCUUCAGCGCCAUCAGCACCGCGGACCCAGAUGGCGUGAUGAACAUUCACCAAGUCCUCGACGAGCUGGUGACCGGUCGCGUGCGCACCACCAUCAUCUCCCUUUCGGCAGAAAUCAAGAUCUGUCGUCAAAUCGCUGACCGUACCGGGGGACGGUUCGGUGUCGCCAUUGACGAGGACCACUACAAGGACUUGCUGUGGGAGACUAUCCCGCCUCCAGCUCAGACGGUCGCAGCGCCGACCACGCUGAAUGUCCGUGACGCUCUCGCGCGCGGUGGCAAGGCUCCCGGAGCCGGCGUCAAGCCUGCAGGUGACCUCAUGGUCAUGGGAUUCCCCACGCGCUUGCCUGCCGGCGAGAGCUUUUGCGCGUGCCAUGGCCUCCUGAAGCGUGGAGGAUACAUGUGUCCCAGGUGUGGUGCCAAGCUGUGCGAUGUGCCGACCGAUUGUGAAGUGUGCGGUUUGAUGGUCGUCAGCAGCCCUCAUUUGGCUAGAAGUUUCUGGCUUCUUUUCCCCGUCGCGGCAUACGGCACAUUGUGA